AUGUUCUCCAACUCCUCCAACUCGUCUUCAAAGACCACAUCGAGCGCUGCCUCAACACACUCCACCGUCUCCACUGCCACAACUCUCAAUACACGAGACGCAUCAACCAAGAAUCACAAGUGGUACUCGCUAGGCUCGAAGUCUUCUGAUUACAAGAAUAAUGCUGCAAGCAUUGAGAAGAAGCGAUUGCACAAUGAGGCUCUUGCCAACUACCUCAGCAUGCGCUAA